UAGUUAACAGAUUUAGUAUGGUGUCUUAUCAGUUGUUUUACUUAUCAUUUAUUUUUGGGCUGUCUGGACUAGAAAUUAGGCUAUUUAAUUUGAAAAUUACAUUACAUGUUAUUGUAUGUAACUUAAAUAUCAAGGUGAUUGAUAUUUUUACAUGGGUCAAAUGGUCGCAUUUGCAACUGUUUUCAACGAUCACGCAAUUAUCUGCAGCCAGUUUAAUAUAAGUUUACCAAUGUAAUGUAUUCAGUUAAUCAAUACAAAAUGUACUGGGAAAGCAAAGGUUGAAAGCGUUGAAAGUUAUUCAGUUACUUGAAGUAAGUGCUUGAAAACAUUGAAAUUAUCGAUUCCUACUCUUUGGUCGAUAACAUUUUUAAUCGGACUGAAUUAUUCACAACAAGUAUUCGUUCAAACCGUAUUUGCACAAGAAAACUUUACAAAUAUUAAUGAUUAGGAUACCCAAAUAACUUUGCUCAAUCAUUGACCAGCAAUUUAGAGUUAAGUUGUAUAUUGUGAAAUUAUUUAAAUUCUCGGGUGCCAAAUUAUGUCAAUUUUGUGUUUAUUCGUGGGGAUGUAGUUUCUUGGAUAUUUCGGUGUUCAGAUUCAGUAAGUAAUUAAAGAAUGUAGUUUUGUUUCUGUCGAAGUGUAAAUUCGUGGGGAACGGAUACUCAUAAAAAUUGAGCCACCAUGAAUUUUAAUGAUUCCAAAGUAUUUGUAAUUUAAACACACGAGAUGUAGUAAAUUGAUUUUGAUUAUAAAUUUUGUCUUAGCUGCGUGGGGCAAUUAAAAUACCUUCUUAAAAUGCACAUAUUGAUUCGAGUUUUCGUGCAACAUGAUGCAAUUUUAAACGUGUAAUUGGAUCUUAUCAGUCGCCUACAGUUUUUACUAUCUUUUUUAUUAAAGAUUUUAAAGAACUUAUUCAAUGUAUGUCUCUAUUGAUUAGGUCGUGUGCGAAUGUUGCCGAAAUAUAACGCUAACAUAAGUUUUACCUGAGCAAAAACUCCAUGAUCUCUUUAAAGAUCUUGUAAAGAAUAUUGGAUUGUAAAAUAUAAAUGUUCUGUAAAAUGCAUGUAUAGAUACGGCGAUGCAUAUGACAAGAGUUUCCUGUAAAUCGACUGUGAAUAAAGUGUCUUGGUGUUUGUCAUUUUAGCACAAAAAGGAGAUGCAUUUCAUAAAACGUCCCUGGGCACUUUGUAAACAAUUGUCCACACUUAUCGUAUCCUGUACUCUGUUAAUUCGGGUUUUGUCAAUUGGUUACGUCAUCAGUGGUUUCUUGAUAAAGUUUCAAGAUGAUCUACUACAGAGCAAUGUUGUACCAACACUAAAUCUGUGCAACAUAGGAAUCUUUCCGCUGGGGUCUUUUAUCAAUGCGGUCAUAUUCGCUCCGACACCUGCGUUGAUAGUCAAUGUGUUAAAUUCUGCGAUCACAUACAUCGGCAUUUACAAGAGAAAGAAUCGCUACUUACAGAUAAGUACAGUCAUAAGCCUUUUGGUUUUGAUAUGGUAUGCAAUUUUGAUUGGGCUCUGGUCAUGGCUGAUUAGUGAGGUCCAGGCAUAUAAUGACAUCAAGGCGUGUUUUGCAUCAAAGUGGAAACAAAAUAUGUACGUGUAUCCUUGGCAAGAGAUACCGAUUGUUAGAGUUUGGGAGUGCUGCGGGAUAGAUGGAUCAACAACUCCUGAUCCUUAUUACUGUCCCUUUUCUGGUGGUUGUUUUGAUAUUUUUUCGAACAAGAUUAAUACGUAUGGAAGCUCCUACAUCGCAUUGCUUGUUGUAAACUGUGCUUCAGAGAUGGUUAUGUUAGCAGGAAUUAGUUAUCUCCAUGGCUUCCACGCACUACUCUUUAAAACAACAUCAACAAAAUAUAUCAUUUCAAGGGAAAUACAUAAAUUGAGAUACGGAGUGAUUGUUUCCAUGUGCUCGUCUCUGAAAGAAAACUGGAAAAGAAGCAAGCUUUCAUCAUUUUUUCGAUAUUUGUCAUUGAUAUCUUUAGUAAUAGAUUGCACAAUGAUUCUAGCCAUAUUGCUUAUGAGAUACAACUAUUACGACAUAACGCUAACUGGUGGAUUCUAUCAAAUCAGUGGAGGAAACGAUAUGAACAUGGGUUACACAAAAGAUGCCUUGUUGAUAACAUCUAUAUGUGUUCUUUUAUGGUCUGUAUUAGCAAAAGCUCUAUCUCUAGGUGGAGUGCUUUUAAAGAAAAGAUGGUUAUUUGUUUUGUAUAUCAUAACUGAAAUCAUAGCGUUUAUGGUGGAAUGCAUAAUUUUAUUAUUUGCCGGUCUCCUAAUAAGGGCAAUGUAUUGCUGUUUUUGGAAAGAUAGUUCCGUAUGCAGCGAAUAUACCUAUACAACCACAGUUUCUAUGAUCAAUGUGUGCGAUUCCUGGGAAUAUAGUGCACUUUUCCUUUGGACAUCUGUAGGAAUUUUGAUAUUUCACAUCGUUCUGAAGGUCGUAUUCAUUGUCAUAUCAGACCGAAUUUAUAAAGGGUCCUUUUCACCAGAUAUAACAACAACCCAAUCGGAUUUAGCGCAAAUAAAAAAUGAUUCUCUCGGAUUUUUCGACGACAUACUUCUGAAGACCAAAAAACAUCCGGUGAUAUCAUCUGUCAUGGGUAUCUCUAUCAGCAUAUGUAUUGUUGAUUGCCUCUUCUUUUGCGGACUUCUCGUUGUACGAUAUGGUCACACAACUGGUCACUCAUUUUAUAUAUCAGACGUUCUAAAUGAAAUACCACUUGGAUCUCUGCGCAUGUCAAGCCAUCGGGACAAUGCAAUCAUAAUAUGUCUAGUUUCUGUUUUAUUCUCAUUUUCUUUACAACUUGGAAAAUUUGCUUCCAUCACAUGGCAGUCACCUAAAUGGACAUUACUUAUACUUUGGUUGGAACUUUUUGUGAUAAUUCUCCAGUUUGUUAGCCUUACAUUGGUUUCUCUCUUAUUAAGACUGGUGUACUGCUGCUUAUUCACGUCCAAUUGGGUUUUCUCUUCCAAUGAUUUAAAAGUGCUGUGUUCAAACGAUCAGAAAAUAUGGGAACGUGUUAUGCUACAGUCAUGGCUGAUGUUUGCAUUUGGUGUUACGUGUGAAGUUCUUCAGAUAAUUUCGAUUAUAUUCGGAUACAGAUACUUCAAGAAAUCUGCUGAUGGUUAUUUGGGAAUUUUCAAAGGUGUCGUAGAGCUCUUCAGAAGUAUGUUUUAUACAGUAUCACACAACAGAUAUAUUAACGAGAAGAGAAUGCCAAACUACAAUAAAACAUAUGGAAUGUAUUGCAUCAUUUCAGCUAUCUCUUUGGUUAUAGAAAUGGUGUUUAUCGUUAGUCUAUACGCAUACUACUUUACGGAGGGGGAUUCAAGUGUUUUACUUGAUGGCCUUGGUCGCUUCUCACACCACUUAUACAACAUGGAAUCAUUAUACAGAGCUGUCUCAAUUACUAUACUGGCCAUCAUUCCAUUAGCUACAAGUCUCCGCAUAGCUGCAUUUGUAUGGUUUUGGUUCCGGAAGUCAAAGAUUUCUUUUUACACGAUAAUUAUCUCUAUUCCGGUUUGGACACUCGGAGAAGUUGUUUUUCUAUGCUACACAUCUUAUAUUUUAAGACUGGCAUACGGAUGCUAUGAUUCCGAUUCCUUUAGUUUUACAUCGUCUUAUGAACAGACAACUAGUCGAAGCAAUAUUUGUGACGGAUUUGGUUCCAAACUAUAUGUCCAGCCUGGAAUAAUUGCUGCGUAUCUUGUGAUGCACAUCCUUCUAGAUAUUUGCCUACUAAAUACGAUGGAUGCAAUGCACCCUUACAUCGUAAAAUAUGGCGACGGAAAACGAUUUUCGGUUCUUUUAUUUAACAAGGCAAUCGUAGAGCUGAAACAACAAAAUAUAAUGCAAAGGGCUUUUUUUAUAGUUCAUGCUAUAUCGCUGGUUCUUAACCUUACCUUUUGGAUAGGACUUCUACUAAUGGGACUUAUCCCAGGGUAUAUUCCCAAUGAAUUUCUUGACAUUAUAUCCAGGAUCCCUAUCUCGUUUGGGUCUACUGAUUUGGAAAGUGCCGUUCUUGGAGUAAUGUAUUCAUUAAUAGCAGUUGUUCCCUUGUUUGAAGCAAGUCAUGUGGUUGGAUUAGUUGGCCUUUUUAAACAAAAUAAAGUUAUUUUAUGGAUUUUUAUCAUAAGUGUUUUCGCCUUUUGCAUCAGCGAUUUGGUUUACUUGUUAUUUGCUUCGGAAAUUGCACAUUUCAGGACUUGUGUCUGUAAAAAAGGAACUAAUUGCAUCGAAUACAACUUAUUGACAACAGAACAAAACAGUACCGGAUACAAUUUAACGCUAACAAAAAAUGAACAGAACAUAGUUUGUGGUGAUUUGUUUUUAAACUCUUCGAGUGUGCUACUUGCAUAUAUCUUACUAACAGUUAUCAUACAUGUUGUAGUGGAAUUUCUAGCCAUUAAAAUAUUAAAAGGAUUUGGUAAAACGAGAGUCGGAAUUGAUGACGAAAACAUAAAUCUUCACAGAGGAACAAAUCCACAGCCAUCUUUCAAAAUAGAACAAAAUAAAGUUUCAAAUGAAACUACGGAGGAAAAUUUGAGCAACCAGAGCAUUACCAAAAACGAAAACAUUGUCCCCGAGUCUGAAAUUAAUGUGCCUUCAAACAUAAGUGCCGAAGAAAAUUUGAACAAUCAACAACACGAAGUAAACUCUGAAAACAAGAAAAAGAAGAAAAAGAGGAAGAAGAAGAAGAAAAAAAUAGUAACUGAAGAAGAACUGUAACACAAUAACUGUAACAUUUGAGCGGUACUUUUGUUAUUUACUAAAUCUGGCACAUAGACUCGUUUUUGAAACUGGGAGGGGGCAGACUUAUCCCAAAAAUUCUUGUGACAAUAAAAUUCAAAAUCCUAAAAAUCAUCCCUGCCACCCCCCCCCCCUACAUGUUACGUGCCUUUAAAUGUAUUUUUUUUUUACAGUGUUUUCUCUUUCACUUAUGGCAUGCAGUUUUUUGUGAGUGUGACGGUUAUUGUUUAAUUAUUCAUAUAUUGUAGUACAGUAAACAUGUAGAAAACAUGGACAUUGUCAACGAAAAAGCUUUAAAUGAAUCUUAAAUUACUUGACAUUUACAAUUGAAUCUUCAUAUCUUGAGUGAUACAUCAAAUCAUACCGCAGUUUUUUACUGCUAUUUCAUAUUUUCGUAGCAUUUAUUUUAAAAAGAUUUCUUUGUUUUAUGCCAGCUAUACUAUUUCCAGGUAUUGCUUAUUAUAGUUUUAAAUGCGUUUGAUAUUUAGCACCACAAAUGUAAUUAUCUGUUCUAAUAAAUGAAGACAUUUCACCAAUUAACUACAAAACGUCUGUACCAGGGUAACUGCUUACACCUAAGGUAUAUCAACACGUGUUAUAUGAUGUCCGUUUGCUACUAAUGAAUUUUACCAGAUAAAUAAUUAUUGAGAAAAAAAUUAAAAACCAACUUUCAUUUUCGAUAAACAAGAUCAAAAUCGCAAAUAUGAGAGUAAGGUGAUGGACACGUUUUGGCGGAUCAAAGUCAGUGUGAGUUUGCAUCAAAAUAAAUGCUUGCAAUGAACUAUAAUUGAAUGAUUGCUUAAAGAGUGAAUAUAUGUACUGAAACAUAAUUAUUUAAGGUUUAUGUAGAAAUUAAGAUUUGACAAAUGUUGACAAAAUAAAAUGAGUGAAUUCGUUUCUUAAAUGCGAUAUUUUAGUUUUGAUGGAUAGACGCUAGCGAAAUGCGACCUCUGGUGAGAAAACGGGAUAAAAGUUUCCAGAACGGGGUAACCAAAAACGCGGGUUGACAGGACGAGUUUGUUAUGCAUCGCAGGCAGAUACCUUGGAUGAGCAAUUUAAAAAAUUUAAUACAUGUUUUAGACAUAUCGUCCUGUUCGAAGGAUUUGGCGUACUGUUUAUGCACAGCAGGGGAUAUUGAAUUUGGUUGAUGGGAAUUUAAAUUGAUCAAACGUUUUGGUAAAGCUGUCAAAUUACUCCGUUAACAUCAGAAAAAAUAUUUUAUUCAGAGCAGAAUAAGGAAGAUGAAAGGCACCUGCAAAUCCUUUAGAAAAUAUAGCAGAACAUGUUUAAAGAGAAUUUCACUGAACUCGGUGCUCUUGCAUGGCAUUGAUAGGACUACUUACAAACUGAAACGGGACAACUGGCAUUUUUGUUGGAUUCGAUAACAAGGAAGGACGUUUAUCCUUUAUCAUAAAUUGAUGAAGAGAUAAUUUAUCGAGAUCCAAUUGCUUGGUACUUUAGAUCUUGCCAGUGGUAUCUGCUUAGUUGAUAUGAAUAAGUCUGCAAAACAAAAGACAACAAUUGAAAGGUCGACCAUGAUGUCGUUUUAAUAAGCCGAUUACAUUUGAUCGACUCAUGAAUUUUGUUAUUUUUUUUUUAAAAUGCCUAGACAUAGAAAUAUUGGGAUAUUGUAAGAAGUUUUCAUUUUAAAGCCAAAUUUAGUGGUAAUAAAAAAAACACACAUUGGAUUAUGAAUUACAAACUACAUUUGCCUAAAUUGUUUUUAGUAUUCUUAAUUUCAUGUUUGUAUUAUUUGGAGGAAAUG